CGCAAGCGCCUCGAUUUCACCUCCUUCCUCAUCCCUCUCGCCUGUCGACAAUCAAUCGCGGUCCCUCGCGCCAUCGCCCAUCAUGUCGCUCGUGUCCGGCGAGAAGACGAACUUCCAGUACAUCCUGCGUCUGCUCAACACCAAUGUUGACGGUAAGCAGAAGAUCAUGUACGCCUUGACCCAGAUCAAGGGUGUUGGUCGCCGUUACUCCAACUUGGUCUGCAAAAAGGCCGACGUUGACCUCAGCAAGCGCGCUGGUGAACUCACCACCGAAGAGCUCGAGCGUAUCGUCACCAUCCUCCAGAACCCCACUCAGUACAAGAUCCCCACCUGGUUCCUGAACAGACAGCGCGACAUCACCGAUGGCAAGGACUUCCAGGUUGUGUCCAACUCCCUCGACAGCAAGAUCCGUGAGGAUCUCGAGCGCCUCAAGAAGAUCCGCUCCCACCGUGGUCUCCGUCACUACUGGGGUCUUCGUGUCCGUGGUCAGCACACCAAGACCACCGGUCGUCGUGGACGCACCGUCGGUGUCAGCAAGAAGAAGAACUAAAAACAUCAUCGGGGUCAUAUCUGCGUUUGUUUCUUCGUACUUGCUGGAGUGGAUCGUGGGAAGGAGGAUUCCUUUUGUAUGUUGGUGUGUUUUAACGAAUCUUCCUGGGACCGGAAUCAUAGAAAAUGCCGAGUCCGAAAUGAAAAGAAUCAUACCAAUAUGAAUGAAUACUGAAUCAUCUUUCCCUCAUUUCGUUGCCACGGACUACAGUCUAGCCUUAAUAGACUCAACUAUGGGGUAAUGGUCCUUUACAUGCCUCGGGUAUCAAGUACUGUAGACUAACA